CUUGUCUUAUUCUCUUUUAUUUUGAAAGGAUUGCCAGGAAGCGCCGACGUUCACCGCGUCGAGCUUGACGUCAGCGCGCAGCGGCGGCAGGAGGGAGCGGCUCUGGUGGAGCGACAUAGACCGACAGUGGAGGAGAGAGAGAGAGAGAGCAGCGGACGGGUGGAUGAUUACAGACAGUCAGGAUGCGUGAAUACAAACUGGUUGUUUUAGGAUCAGGAGGAGUCGGCAAGUCAGCUCUGACUGUCCAGUUUGUUCAGGGAAUCUUUGUGGAGAAGUACGACCCCACGAUAGAGGAUUCCUACAGGAAGCAAGUCGAGGUCGAUGGACAGCAGUGUAUGUUGGAGAUCCUGGACACAGCAGGAACAGAGCAGUUCACGGCGAUGCGAGAUCUGUACAUGAAGAACGGUCAGGGCUUCGCUCUGGUUUACUCCAUCACGGCUCAGUCGACUUUCAACGACCUGCAGGACCUCCGAGAGCAGAUCCUCAGAGUGAAGGACACCGAGGACGUUCCCAUGAUCCUGGUUGGAAAUAAAUGCGACCUGGAGGUGGAGCGUGUGGUGGCCAAAGAGUCGGGCAUCGGCCUCGCCCGCCAGUGGAACUCCUGCGCCUUCCUGGAGACCUCGGCCAAGAGCAAGAUCAACGUCAACGAGAUCUUCUAUGACCUUGUGCGUCAGAUUAACAGGAAGAGUCCAGUUCAAGGGAAAGCUCGCAAAAAGUCCAACUGUCAACUUCUCUAAUAACCGUUUUCUGCUCACCUGACCGACAACCAACCAACCAACCAACCAACCAACCAACCAACCAACCAACCAAUCACAGGACAUCUUCCAGCUGGCCACACCCCUUUAACACACCCACGUCAUCAUCAACAUCAGCCACCUCUGACCUCUGUUCCCGUGUUCUCCUGUCCCCUCACCACACAUUUAAACAGAGACUGUUGCCUUGGAAACAUUAAAACUAAACAUCAAAAGACUGCAGCGGCGAUGAUGAUGAUGAUGACGACGAUGAUGAAGAUUUUGAUUCUGCUGUUGCAGAAAUGGGGGCUGUCCAAACAACUGCUCUCAUGCUCUCUGCUAUAGGCCAAUUUUACGCUGGGGAGUGGCCAUUUGCUUUUACUUUUAAAUGUUUCUUUCCUUUCUUUUUACAUAUUUUCCAGCAGUCCCGAGCCAUUCACACGCAGUUUGACCUCUUCACUGUCAGCUCUGUGUGUGCGACUCUGGUUGAACCUGUGGAUCCAUACAGUGGUUAUUAUUACAGUGGUUAUUAUUAUGAUUCUGUGUGAAAAGAUAUAAAAGUCAUUUAAUGUU